UUAUUUCCUUUAUGAAAAUUACCCUAAGUUUUGAUUAUUAUCUUUGUCACAGAUGUACCGAAAUCCACUGCAAGACAAUCCAGCCUAUUCAGUCGUCAAAUUGUUGUUCAGAAAAGCAGUCCUGGAGGAAUCCAUUUUCAACGAGGCGAGCCUCGUCAGAGGGGUAUAUUUUGGGCCAGAAGAUGUUUAUGCAUGCAUUCUAACCUGUGGAGGCCUUUGCCCUGGGCUUAAUACAGUGAUCAAGGACGUAGUUUGUAGACUGUCCUACAUGUAUGGUGUCAAAAUGAUCGUUGGUAUACAGGGUGGAUAUAGGGGAUUUUAUGCUCGCAACACUAUACCUUUGACUCCAAAGAGUGUCAAUGAUAUCCAUAAACGGGGAGGCACAAUCCUUGGCACAUCACGAGGUGGUCAUGAUGCUAUAAAGAUCGUCGACAACAUUCAGGAUAUAAAUCAGGUGGUUUCUCUUUCCUCCGGUUUAUAUUAUAGGAGGAGAUGGAACCCAAAAGGGAGCUGCUGUGAUUUUUUAGGGAAUUCGAAGACGUGGCCUCAAACUUGCCGUUGCUGGUACUCCAAAGACAACAGAUAAUGACAUUGCGGUUAUUGACAAGUCCUUUGGUUUCGAUACUGCUGUUGAAGAGGCCCAGCGUGCCAUCAACGCUGCACAUGUAGAAGCGGAAAAAGCAUGGAGAAUGGUAUAGGUGUUGUGAAGCUAAUGGGUUGCUACGGUGGUAAAGUUCAUUUCUUAGUAAAAUAGCUUCAUCCCACUGGCCAAUUAUGUUUUGUACUUUGUAAUUUAAAUGAUUAAUGUUAGAUCUACCUCUACUUCUAGUCAAG